AUGGAGGGAGGAAACUUCGGCUACCCUCAAGACUAUUUCGACCGCUUCAUGCAAAGCCAAGACUCGUCUGUGGUGAACAAGUUCCAGCAGAGGUACUGGAAGACCAAACAGACGUUCAUCAAGGUCACGGGGAAGAAAGAGGACGAACACGUGGUGGCGUCAGAUGCGGAUCUGGACGGCAAGCUGGAGGUUUUCCACUCCGUCCAGAGAACAUGCAUGGAGCUGCUAAAGGUCAUCGAGCAGUACCAGAGGAGGAUCUGCUUUCUCUCCCAAGAGGAGAACGAGCUGGGUCGUUUCCUGCGCUCCCAGGGCUCGCAGGAUAAAACCAGGGCUGGAAAGAUCAUGCAGGCCACAGGGAAAGCCCUCUGCUUCUCCUCCCAACAAAGAUUGGCUCUGAGGAACCCUCUGUGCCGCUUGUACCAGGAGGUGGAAACGUUUCGCUACCGAGCGAUCUCGGACACGUGGCUGACGGUGAACCGGAUGGAGCAGUCCAGGACCGAAUACCGCGGGGCGCUGCUUUGGAUGAAGGAUGUGUCACAGGAGCUGGAUCCAGAUACUCACAAACAGAUGGAGAAGUUUCGCAAGGUUCAGGCCCAGGUGCGCACGACCAAAACAAGCUUUGACAAACUGAAGAAUGAUGUCUGCCAAAAGGUGGACCUGCUGGGAGCCAGUCGCUGCAACCUGCUCUCUCACGUUCUAACCACAUAUCAGACGACACUUUUGCACUUCUGGGAGAAGACAUCCCACACUAUGGCGGCCAUUCACGAGAGCUUCAAGGGCUGUCAGCAUUAUGAGUUCUCCGCUCUUAAGACUUUACAAGGCCCCAUGGACAAGCUGGCUAAGAAGAAAGGGAAGAAGAGAAUGAAAGCAGAGGCCGGAGAUGGAAAGAAAGCCGAGACCACAGACGACCAACUCAUCUCACUAGAAUAUGAAAACACCAGCGAUAUGACCGGAGGAGGUAAAAUACAACAAUAUGUUCUCUCUGCAUAUCCAGAGUUAGAGGGAGAGGAUAAGGACAGCAUGGCCUUACUGAAUGAGAUCCUGGGCAGCAUGUCUGUGGAUGAGGGAGACUUCUCUCGAGAGUGGACGGAAGUGUUUGGAGACACUGAUGAAGGAAUGAUCGCAGCGUUGGGUAAACCGGCGGAGGCCCAGCAGAAGGAAAACUCCUACUUUCUACCAUCUCAUCUGUUGGACCAGAGCUUGAAUAAUCAACAGUCUUCCCUCUCAGAUUGGGCCAGCGUCGCUCCACAGGCCGCCGCCGCCGUGGCCACGGAGAAGGAUCCCUCAUCUGGAGCCAAUCAGAACCCUUCUAAACCGGCAGCGAAAGAGAAAGCCGGGACGUCCAAAGACCUCUCGGCGUGGUUCAACCUGUUUGCCGAUCUGGACCCCCUCUCCAAUCCCGAUGCGGUCGGCAAAACGGGCCGAGAGCACGAACUUCACAACGCAUAG